CUCAAUCAGUAUUGCAUAUACAUGAUACUGAAAUUGCACAUAAAACAAUGAACUGAAAUAAGUUAUGAAUAUUUUCAAAUUUAGACAUGAAUUUGUUACAGGUUACAUUAGAUUUAUUGAUUUAUUUAUUUGCAUUAUAUAGUAGUACUUAUUACAUUUACAUAUAACAAAUAUGAAAUCUCUCUUUCAGACCACUACUUAGUUUUAUGGUUCAUCAGUGUCCAAACACACGCACACACACACGCACACAUGCACACACGCACACCCACCCACCCACACACACGCACACACGCACACAUGCAUACACGCACACCCACCCACCCACACACACACACAAAGUGUUGUAAUAUUGACAGAGUAGCUGCCUCACACAGAUAAAGGUUACCUGCUUCGGUGGUUCCUGAGUAAAAGACCAUGGCAUAUCCAGAGAUGAAUUCAAAUCAAGACGACAGCACAGGAAGAAAAUCAUCUCACCAUGACACGAGAAGUAAAGGAUCUGUGUCCACGGUCAGACUUGGAUCCAGAAGUGUUCCACUUUAUCCUCUGGUGAUCGUGUGUUUAGGAGUACUGAACACGGUUCUGCUGUUAACGGCUGUUGUUAUUGGGAUUUACUGUGGCAAAGUCGAUAAGGAAUCGGCACCAGAACAAAUGACAGCAUCCACACUCUUCAUAGAGGUGAAGCAACUUCAGUUCAUUCAGAGUGGAGCUGUCCAGGUUCAAAAGGAGACCGAGGAAGAACUAGAGAAAGCAUGCAGGAGCAUCGAGCACCUUCAGCAACAGAUAGAACAGAACAAGACCCUCGGUGAUGCCAUUCAGAGGCAGCUUGAGACACUACACGUGGAGCAGGCAACAAUAAAAUCCUCAUCCUCUGAUAUCAGGCUAAACUGCGGACGAUGCCCCUCGGGGUGGAUUAUGUUGAACGAAUCAUGCUACUUCCAUUCUAAAUCAGAGUCCAGUGCCUUAAAGAGCUGGGCCAACAGCAGAGAGGACUGUAUCCGGCGUGGGGGCGAUAUUGCUGUGAUUGAAGACUAUGCGGAGCAGGUAAAUCUCAAUGAGUACCUACCAAAACUUUUACCCUUUCGUGAAUGGUUGCGGGCGGGUCCGGGAAUUUGGAUUGGCUUUACUCUUCAAGCAGGGGACACUUGGAUGUGGGUGAAUAAUGUGACGCUGCUGGGUGAAGGGUUCUGGAUAGAUGGGGAGCCCAACCACGAAGGACAACAGAGUAAGAACUGUGGAGCAUUUAUGAACAUGGCCAACUUUGAGAGGACGUGGUUUGGAGCACAUUGCCUAGCCAACAAGGAAUGGUUAUGUAAAAUGGGACCAAGCUAGCUGUGGAGAUGAUCACCUUCACAGCAGAAUUAAUUGUUUGUAUGUUUGUUUAUGAACUCAUCAAUAAAUACAUUGAUCAUUGACAA